GCGGGGCUUAGCCGGCCUUUCGGCGGGAAACCGUCAUGGCGGCGGUUGCCAUGGAAGUGGCCGGGCCUGGCAAGCCGGAGGAGAAGCAAAGCGGGGGUCCCGCGGCAGCCACCUCCGCAGCAGGGAGCGGACAUUAUGAGUUGCCCUGGGUGGAAAAAUACAGGCCUACGAAGCUGUCGGAAAUCGUUGGGAACGAAGAUACCGUUAGCAGGUUAGAGGUCUUUGCAAGAGAAGGAAAUGUCCCAAACAUCAUUAUUGCGGGUCCCCCAGGAACGGGUAAAACCACCAGCAUCCUUUGUUUGGCGCGCGCCCUUCUGGGCCCUGCGUUGAAGGAUGCCGUUCUGGAGCUAAACGCAUCCAACGACAGGGGCAUCGACGUGGUGAGGAACAAAAUCAAGAUGUUUGCUCAGCAGAAGGUCACGCUCCCGAAAGGCCGGCAUAAAAUCAUCAUCUUGGAUGAAGCUGACAGCAUGACCGACGGAGCCCAGCAGGCCCUCAGACGGACGAUGGAAAUCUAUUCCAAAACAACCCGCUUUGCACUGGCUUGCAACGCUUCUGAUAAAAUCAUAGAGCCCAUCCAGUCUCGCUGUGCCGUCCUCCGCUACACCAAGCUGACCGAUGCUCAGGUCCUGGCGAGGCUGAUGAGGAUUGUCGAGAAGGAGAACGUGCAGUAUACAGACGAUGGGUUGGAAGCCAUCAUCUUCACUGCCCAGGGGGACAUGAGGCAGGCACUGAAUAACUUACAGUCAACCCACUCUGGAUUUGGCUUUGUCAACAGCGAGAACGUGUUCAAGGUGUGCGAUGAGCCCCAUCCUUUGCUGGUGAAGGAAAUGAUUGGCCACUGCGUCAGCGCAAACAUCGAUGAAGCUUAUCGGAUCCUUGCCCACUUGUGGAAGCUUGGCUACUCCCCCGAAGACAUCAUUGGCAACAUUUUCAGAGUGUGCAAAACCUACCAAAUGGCCGAGUAUCUGAAGCUGGAGUUUAUUAAGGAAAUCGGCUAUACCCACAUGAAGGUGGCAGAAGGGGUGAGCUCCCUCUUGCAGCUGGCGGGACUGCUAGCCCGGCUGUGUCAGAAGUCCGAGGCUCCCACGGCGACCUGACCAGAGGGACGUGGACCUGAUGAGAAGGGAAGGCUAGAGGGGGACUUCCGCUGCCACAUGGGCUUCCGUUCGCCCUCAUGGAUCUAGCCGCAAAAUGUUUUAUUUUCUCAUGCAACUUAAUAGCGUUCACACACACACUAUUUGGACCAAAUAAAGUUUGAUACAAAAAAAAA